AUGACAAUUAAUGGUUCUGCUUCUCAAUUAUUUAGGAGUGGUAAAGGGGUUAAACAAGGUGAUCCUAUUUCACCAUUUCUUUUUAUCAUGGUGGUGGAAGUGCUUUCUCUUCUAAUUAAAAGAGUUGCCUCUAUGAAUCUGAUUGAUGGUUUCAAACCUAUCUAUAAUGAUUCUGCUUGCACUAUAAAUCAUUUUCAAUUUACAGAUGAUAUUGUGGUUUUAUUGAAUGAUGAGGUGGAUCAGGUUUUGAAUUUAAAAAACAUUCUUUUAUCCUUUGAGCUUAUUUCUGGGCUAAAGGUAAAUUUCAGGAAGAGUGCAAUUGUGGUUGUAGGGAAUGCUCAGAAUGCUGUUGAAUGUGCUGCUUCUUUUUGUUGCAGUUUGACUUCCUUUUGA